GACGUGUACGUCACAUGUUGCGAUCAUGUGACCUGUCACCAGCGACCGUUUAGUUCAACAUGGCGACGGCUUCGUCUGUUUUCCUCAGAGUGAGAACUGGGUCAAAGAUAGGUGCCCAAUAUGACCAAGAAGGCAACCUUAUCCAGGUGGAAACCAGAGAAGACGAAGAGCAGAGUUUCAAACUUGCGGAGAUCCUGGAGCUCUUGCUGGCAGCUGGUUACUUCCGAGCCAGGAUAAAAGGACUAUCACCUUUUGAUAAGGUGGUUGGGGGUAUGACCUGGUGCAUCACCACAUGCAACUUUGACAUUGAUGUGGAUCUUCUUUUCCAAGAAAAUUUGACCAUUGGCCUAAAAAUAGCCCUGACAGAGAAAAUAGUUUCUGUUCUACCGAAGAUGAAGUGUCCUCAUCACCUUGAACCCCAUCAAAUCCAAGGCCUGGAUUUUAUCCACAUUUUUCCUGUGAUACAAUGGCUGGUAAAACGAGCCAUAGAAACAAGGGAAGAGAUGGGUGACUAUGUGAGAGCUUACUCCAUUUCUCAGUUCCAGAAGAUCCACAGCCUCCCAGAGGAUGAAGAGUUUCUCCAGCAGAAAGACAAGGCUGUGAAAACAGUUCUGGAUGUACUGGACAUGUACAAACCACAAAGAAAGUAUAGGAGACAGAAGGAUGCAGGACAGCUUCUAGAUGAAGAGUCAAGGGUUCAUUCCACCCUGCUGGAAUAUGGCAGGCGAUAUGGUUUCAGCAAACAGUCCAAACAAGAAAAGCAGUCAGAGCUGAACUCCGAGGAGCGUUCAGAGCUCUACGGUCCACUGCAGCAACACCACAGGGCAGUCGCCACGCUGACCAAACAGAUCCAGCAAAAGACUAAACAAUUGGAGGAGAUGCGAAUCAGUACUCUGAUGACCAGCAUGGCUGCUAUGGUGAAUGAAGAGGGGAAGCUGACAGCCAGUGCAGUGGGUCAGAUAGUUGGACUGCAGUCUGAAGAAAUCAAACAGAUUGCCUCUGAGUAUGCUGAGAAGCUACAAGCCAGCCAUGCAGAGGUGAAGACAGGCUGUGACAAGGUCAAGAGACAACUGAUGGAGGCAACACAGCUCUUGGAGAAUCUGGAAAAAGAAGUCAAGUCUCUAGAAGAGCUGGAGGAGCAGGCUGACAAUGGCUUGUUGGAGAAGCUGAGGGCUCUAGUAACAAUGAAUGAGAACCUGAAGCAGCAGGAGCAGGACUUCCGCACACACUGUAAAGAAGAGAUUGCCCGUCUGCAGCAGAACAUUGAGGAGCUGAAAAUGGCAUCAGGACAGGAUACAGAGGAAAAGGAGAGGAACCAGCUGAUAGACAAACAGUACAAUGCGGACCGAGAGAAACUACAGAAAAUCCGUCUGGUCAUGGCCCGGAGGAACCGUGAGAUUGCCAUCCUGCAGAGGCAGAUUGACGAGGUGCCAAGCCGGGCCGAGUUGACCCAGUACCAGAAGAGAUUCAUUGAACUCUACAGCCAAGUUUCUGCAACACACAAAGAGACCAAACAGUUCUUCACGCUGUAUAACACAUUAGAUGACAAGAAGGUUUACCUUGAGAAGGAGGUGAAUCUGCUGAAUUCUAUUCAUGACAACUUCCAACAGGCCAUGUCAUCUUCAGCAGCCAAAGAGCAAUUCCUCAGACAGAUGGAGCAAAUAGUGGAGGGAAUCAAACAAAGCCGGAUCAAGAUGGAGAAGAAGAAACAGGAAAACAAAAUGAGGAGAGAUCGGCUGAAUGAUGAACACCUGGAGCUGCUCGAUAAGCAGAGGCUCUACUUCAAAACUAUCAAGGACUUUAAGGAGGAGUGUCGGAAAAAUGAAAUGCUGCUGUCUAAGAUGAGAGCCAAAGGAGCUUCUUAGCCCUGAGUCCAGCGUAAAAAGUUAUUUGAUAUAAACAAAAUAUUUAAUCUCAUCGGCUAAAUUUAUCACAGAUUAACUGUGUUCUUUUUUCAAACAUUCCACCGGUUGUUUCAUUUUUCUUCUUUUUGGCUGAGAAGUCCAAGAUACUGUAUUUACACUGUGGCAUUCACAUGUGCCAAAUCCAGCUGCCUGAAAAACACAAAGAAACCUUUUAACUUAUCAAGUCAAAAGAAGCUAUGGAGUGUUUGACACAUGUUGGCAUGAUCUUCCACUGAGAUGCGACAACAGCGCCUGCAACAACCACGAUGGUCACCAAAUAUCAACCAAGUUGAAACUGUUGACUUUCAAAAUGAACUAUUUGGGAGCCUUGGAACAAUCCUCACAAUCAGAACCGUUUUUUAUUAUAUCGGACAACUUUUCACUGUGGGACUGAACAAUGUCAAAUUUAAUCGUAACUCAACUAACAUUAACGUCACACCUUUAAAGCUGUACUAUACAGCUGCUCCAUCUUUGAGAAAUGUGCCCAUGUUGUUUCUGUUGAUCCCAUGUCCACUAAAGGUGCCUUAACUUUUUUUUCACUGAUAUUACAAAAUAGGGUGUUUAUGAACUUAAGUUCUGAAAGUCCAUCAUAGUAUUUUGAAGUUUCCAGGUGCAGCUUUAAGCAUUGUUUUUUGUUGGAUAUAAUUUUACAGUCAGGCUGCUCAGAUGUGCUUCCAAUGUUUGAGUUCACCUCAUGUCUUAGAUUUGCUUUCAACAUCCAAUCACCAUAUAUGUGCAGCACUAAAUGAAUAA